ACCAGCAGCGGUGACACAUCAAAACAGACAGCUGAGCUCACUGGUUACUGUUACUCAGAAAUUAUUUGAUAAAUUCCUGUUUAAAAUAUAUUUUAAAAAAAGCUGAUUGUACGUAUAUAAUUUAAGAUAUUAACGUUGUCUUCUGUUAUAAGACAGCCGAUAGAAGAAUAACAAAAUAAUCAGGUGUGGUGAUACUGUGCAAUGGAGUUUCCAGAUUUGGGAGAGCAGUGCUCUGAAAAAACCUGCAAGCGCUUAGAUUUCCUUCCAAUGAGAUGCGAUGCCUGUCAAGAAAUUUUCUGCAAAGACCACAUAACCUACGCAAACCACAAAUGCAUGUCAUCCUACAAAAAGGAUGUCCAGGUCCCUGUAUGUCCUUUGUGCAACAUCCCUAUUCCCAUUAAAAGAGGGGAGAUGCCAGAUAUCAAAGUCGGUGAACAUAUUGAUCGAGACUGUAAAUCAGACCCUGCACAGAGAAAAAGAAAGAUUUUCACAAAUAAAUGUUCAAAGGGAGGCUGUAAGCAAAAGGAAAUGGUGAGAGUCACGUGUUACCAGUGUCACUUAAAUUACUGUCUUAAACACCGCCAUCCAUUGGACCAUGACUGUAAGAUUGAUGGCAAACCACUCUCCAAAUCCGGACAUGCUGCUUUAAUGUGGACACAAGGUGCUUCCUCCUCCAUUCCUGUCUCUGGUUCUAGUUCAUCUGCUCAAGGAAACACCAGACCUGUUUCUAAUGGUCUGAAUGCAGAUGGCAGGAGUCACAGUAGUGGCACUACUCAGCGGAUUCCCACUUCAGUGUCUGCACAGAAUGUAAUACCACCAUCAGCAUCAUUUCAGGCCGGCAUGACGGAGGAGCAGGCUUUACAAAGGGCUCUGGAGGUGUCUUUGGCCGAGUCGAGACAAACUGUUCAGCCGAGCCUCAGCCCCCAGGAACAGGAAGACUUGGCUCUCGCUCAGGCUCUCGCUGCCAGUGAAGAAGAAUUCCGCCGCCAACAGCAGAGACAACAACAGGUACCCGGAACAGGGAAGAGAGUCCAAAGAGCUAAACUGCAGCAUUUCUUGAAGUCUGAUUAUCAGUUAGCAUCUUCUUCUCCUGUUCUAAAUGUACAAGAUCCAGCACAAAUGAAGUAACUGAUUUCCAGUAUCAACGAUUGUCAGGUGAAAGGGUUAAACUUGGACAUCGCACACACUACCGCCUUCUGCUGGUAUAAGCACAUGUUUUUCCUGCUGGGUCUGUCAUUUUUGCCAAUGAUUUGCUCUGUACAUAUUUUAUAUGCUGAUCAUGAAACCAUUUAACCUCCCAUGUAUGAAUAUUGAAUAAAUUAUUUUAAAGAUGA